AUGCUACAAACUGGCCUCAUUAUUGGUGGUUGGGACAAGUAUGAAGGAGGAAAAAUAUAUGGAGUGCCGCUUGGAGGAACAAUUUUGGAGCAGCCUUUUGCCAUUGGAGGAUCUGGCUCUACCUAUUUGUAUGGGUUUUUCGACCAAGAAUGGAGGGAAGGGAUGACCAAGGAUGAAGCUGAGAAAUUUGUGGUGAAGGCAGUCUCUCUUGCAAUUGCUCGAGAUGGUGCUAGCGGUGGAGUUGUUCGGACUGUUACU